AUGCCUGAGCGGGAGCGGAAGAAGCACUUGCGUGUGCACGAGAAGAUGACGCACUCGUCCAAGCUGUCGGCCAAGCGCGCCAACCUGCUGCGGCAGCUGCAGGUGGAGGACGAGGCCCAGGACAUGGAGGCCCGGGCGGAGGCCGAGCUCACGCACACCUUCCGCGACCACGCCGCCUGGACCCUCACGGUGACCAAAGAGCGGCGGAUCGAGCCCCAGAACACGAGCAGCUACAUCGACCAGAAGCGGCAGAUGUUCCUCCUGCAGCGCAGCCUGGAGCGCGACGCGGCGCUGUUCGACGAGUUCCUGCGCGACAACGACUGCAGCUCCGUGCAGGCCAUGCGCGUGCUGAGCCGCUCGUCUCCCCACGAGUCGAGCCCGGCCAUCCCCGCGCAGGAGGACACGGACAGGCGACCGGGGAGGUCGUGGCUCGCCGGCCUCGGCCCGGCCUCGCCCGCCCGGCCCCCGCCGCCCAGCGCCCUUGGCUUGCAGGGCCUGGAGCUGUACUUCACGGAGCCGCAGGAGCUGCUGGACGUCUUCACCGACCUGGAGGAGCAGAACCUGUCGCUGAUCCAGAACACGCAGGAGAUGGAGGAGACCAUGAGGGACCUGGGCCGCACGCUGCGGCCAAACGCAGAGCCCGUGAAGCUCCGCGUCCGGCUCCUUUUAUUUGCUGAGAGGCCGAACCCUCCCGCGGCACGGCGCUCCGGGGAGCCGGUGGACGCGGAGCGACUAGAGCGAGGCCCUUGCCCGCGCAGGGACCGGGAGAGGGGCCGGAAGCUGCUGUGCCGCGCCCGGCCUCCGGCCGUCAAGACGAAGGCGGCCUCGGAGCACGACCUGCUGGACAAGGCCCAGGAGGAGAUGCUGUACUUCUUCACCCUCCCUCCUCGGCCUCCCGAGUCCCGUUCCCACCCAGGUUUCCGGAGCUCUGGGGAUCCCCCCGGGGGCCGUGGCCUCAGCAGAGGCCCGGCCUCCUCCCUGUCCCUCUUACCCCGACGCACGCAGGACAAGCUGCUGGAGAGCCUCAACAGCAAGGUGCUGGACGUGUACCGGAACUGCGUGGGGCCUCCGCAGGAGGCCAGCCUCGGCACGGUGCAGAUGCUCACGGUCAUCGAGCACCAGCUGGACGAGCUGCUGGAGAACCUCGAGCACGUGCCCCCCGCCCGCAUCGAGCAGGCCGAGAAGGCCAAGGAGAAGGAGCGGAGGCUGCGACACGGGAGGAGAAAGGGCCGGAUGCAGAAGCAGCUGCAGGAGGAGCGCUUGCUGCGCGCGCAGUGCCGCGCCAAGGCCCGAGAUCCAAAGAAGAGGGGCCGGAAGCUGCUGUGCCGCGCCCGGCCUCCGGCCGUCAAGACGAAGGCGGCCUCGGAGCACGACCUGCUGGACAAGGCCCAGGAGGAGAUGCUGUACUUCUUCACGUGACCGCCGGGGCCCCGGUGGCUCCGCGACAGGGCCACCGAGCGGGAAGAGCAGGGGGCUCGGGCCCGGGGCGACCCGAGCGGGCCCCGUCUGGGUGCCUCCGCCCGCGCGGCCCCGAAAUAAACCCCUGUGUGUGCGUCG